CUCGUGUUCUUUUGCAGUCUGCACCUACAGCCAAGAUGGCGGCAUCGUUGGGAAGGGUUUGUCGUUCGGGUCUUUUAAAAGCCAGUAAUGGUGCUCUAUUUAAUCAAGUCAGCACCUUCUCGACCGCCCGAGACUGGACUAGGGGGCGAAAAACGUUGCUAGCAUGCCUUGGCGCUGCCACAGGCGCUGCUGGAGCUUUGGUAUAUGCUUUGGAAAGUUCUGUCAAAGCUGAGGGCAUCGAACUCCACGCUCCAAAUUAUGCCUGGACUUUUUAUGGCCUCAUUAGCUCCAUGGAUCAUGCCAGCUUGAGAAGAGGUUGGGAAGUCUACAAGAAUGUCUGCUCCUCGUGCCACAGUCUCAAGUAUGUCGCAUUCCGUGAGCUCGUUGGCGUUACUCACACGGAAGCGGAAAUUAAGGAACUGGCUGCAGAAUAUGAGAUCAAAGAUGGUCCAAAUGACCAGGGAGAGUACUUCAUGAGGCCGGGCAAACCCUCGGAUCAUGUUCCUUCGCCGUAUCCCAAUGAGGAGGCUGCUCGAGCAGCCAAUAAUGGUGCUUAUCCACCAGAUUUGACGUAUAUAGUAAAUGCCAGACACAACGGAGAGAAUUACAUCUUUUCUCUAUUGACUGGGUACUGUGACCCGCCUGCCGGUAUCACUGUAGCGGACGGCCAGUAUUACAACCCUUAUUUCCUUGGUGGAGCUAUCGGUAUGGCACAGGUAAUCUAUGACGAGGUACUUGAUUUUGAAGACGGAACUCCAGCAACCGCAUCGCAGGUAGCCAAAGAUGUAGUCAGUUUCCUUCAUUGGUCGUCGAACCCGGAGCAUGAUACCAGAAAGCGAUGGUUUAUCAAGGCCAUAGGAAUCUGCACGUUAUUGCUUGCGAUUACUUAUUACAUGAAGAGACACAGGUGGACAACUAUCAAGAGUCGUAAGAUCGUCUUUGUGCCGAAAAAGUAGUAAAAUUUUUGCCGAAAUAAUAACACGAGUUAAAAUAAUUAGCCAAGAAAAAUUAUCUGAUCCCUCAUGAUAAAGGAGAAGUAGUUUUUUAUUUAAAACCGCAAGGAACAGAGACAAUUUUCGAUGUUAAACAGUCAAGAAA